GGUGCAAAAAUAUACACUCCAUAAUUGCUUGAAGACCACAUAGAGUGAAAAUGAAUGAUAUUUCCCAAAAGGCUGAGAUUCUGCUUUCUUCAUCUAAACCUAUCCCAAAAACCUAUGUGCCAAAACUUGGCAAGGGUGAUGUAAAGGAUAAGUUUGAGGCCAUGCAGAGAGCCAGGGAAGAAAGAAGUCAAAGGAGAUCUAGAGAUGAAAAGCAAAGAAGAAAAGAACAAUAUAUUAGAGAGAAAGAAUGGAACAGGAGAAAGCAGGAGAUGAAAGAAAUGCUUGCUUCUGAUGAUGAGGAAGAGGUAUCUUCUAAAAUAGAAAAGGCCUAUGUCCCAAAGUUAACAGGAACUGUUAAAGGUAAAUUUGCUGAAAUGGAGAAACAAAGACAAGAGGAACAAAGGAAGAGGAUGGAGGAGGAACGAAAACGCAGAAUUGAGCAGGAUAUGUUAGAAAAGAGGAAAAUACAGCGUGAAUUAGCAAAAAAAGCUGAACAGAUUGAGGACAUAAACAAUACGGGAACUGAAUCAGCAUCGGAGGAAGGAGAUGAUUCACUACUUGUGACAGUGGUCCCUGUCAAAUCGCACAAAAUAUCUGGAAAAAUGAAAAAGAAUUUUGAAGAUCUAGAAAAAGAACGAGAAGAAAACGAAAGGAAUAAAUAUGAAGAAGAUAAAAGAAUAAGAUAUGAAGAACAGCGACAAUCUUUGAAGGAAGCAAAGUGUCUUUCAUUAGUCAUGGACGAUGAGAUGGAAAGUGAGGCAAAAAGGGAUUCAUUUUCUCCUGGGAAAUUGAAAUUAACUUUUGAAGAAUUGGAACGACAAAGACAAGAAAACCGAAAGAGGCAAACUGAAGAAGAAGCAAGACAGCGUUUAGAAGAAGAGAAGCGGGCUUUUGAAGAAGCAAGGCGGCAAAUGGUAAAUGAAGAUGGGGAAAACCAAGACAAUGAAAACUUUUUAAAAGAUUGCCGUCCUGGUAAACUCAAACUCAGUUUUGAAGAAAUGGAAAGGCAGAGGAGAGAAGAUGAAAAAAGGAAAGCAGAAGAAGAAGCCAGAAGAAGAAUUGAGGAAGAAAAGAAGGCAUUUGCUGAAGCAAGGAGGAGCAUGGUAGUAGAUGAUGACUCCCCAGAAAUGUAUAAAACAAUCUCUCAAGAAUCUCUUACACCGGGAAAACUGGAAAUUAAUUUUGAAGAAUUACUAAAACAAAAAAUGGAAGAUGAAAAACGACGAACAGAGGAGGAACGGAAGCAUAAGCUAGAAAUGGAGAAACAGGAAUUUGAACAACUGAGACAAGAAAUGGGUGAGGAAGAGGAAGAAAAUGAAACUUUUGAACUUAGCAGGGAAUAUGAAGAAUUAAUAAAAUUAAAAAGGAGUGGCUCUAUUCAAGCAAAAAAUCUAAAAAGCAAGUUUGAAAAAAUUGGACAGUUAUCUGAGAAAGAAAUACAGAAAAAGAUAGAAGAAGAACGAGCAAGAAGAAGAGCAAUUGAUCUUGAAAUUAAAGAACGAGAAGCAGAAAACUUUCAUGAGGAGGAAGAUGUUGAUAUCAAGCCUGCAAAAAGAAGUGAGGCUCCAUUUACUCAUAAAGUGAAUAUGAAAGCUAGAUUUGAACGAAUGGCAAAGGCAAGAGAAGAAGAAGAACAAAGAAGAAUUGAAGAACAAAAGUUACUACGCAUGCAGUUUGAACAGAAGGAAAUUGAUGCUGCUCUACAAAAGAAAAGAGAAGAGGAAGAAGAAGAAGAGGGUAGCAUCCUGAAUGGCUCCACUAUUGAAGAUGAAGAACAAACCAGAUCAGGAGCUCCAUGGUUUAAGAAGUCUCUAAAAAACACAUCUGUUGUAGAUAGUGAGCCAGUUAGAUUUACUGUCAAAGUAACAGGAGAACCCAAACCAGAAAUCACAUGGUGGUUUGAAGGAGAAAUACUGCAGGAUGGAGAAGACUAUCAGUAUAUUGAAAGAGGAGAAACCUAUUGUCUUUAUUUACCAGAAACUUUCCCAGAAGAUGAAGGAGAAUAUAUGUGUAAAGCGGUCAACAAUAAAGGCUCUGCAGCUAGUACAUGUAUUCUUACCAUUGAAAGUAAGAAUUAAUCACACUUUUAAUCUAACUUUUCUAUUUAAAAUUUUCUUUAAAAAAAAAAAAAAUCAUUUUUCUUCUUCUCUUUUUUAGCUGACGACUACUAAUCCCUUCCCUCCUUGCCCCCCGGAACUUUCUCGCUCUCCUCAACUUUCUUACUACAUCCAUCUUUUCUGUGGCGGGGUCAUAAAGGAAACCAGGAGUACCACUGUACUGAUUUCUUAUUCCUUUUCAUAAAUCUGCAAAACACAAGGUCCUCUAAAGAACACCAACUUCCUUUCCUAAUGAACACCAGAGUCAAUGGCAUAUCAUGCAGUAGCAGUCAACAAAAGCAUAUAUCAACGGGGGUAGGUGGGGGGAAAUUGGGAAAUUUAUUCAUUUGUUCUAUUGAACCCAAUUAAAAAGACUAUUUCCUGUCAGAGUUUACAAUUAACUUUUUUU